UCCCAGAGCUGAGGAGAUCCCGGAGCUGAGGAGAUCCCAGAGCUGAGGAGAUCCCGGAGCUGAGGAGAGCCCGGAGCUGAGUGGAUCCCGGAGCUGAGGAGAUCCCAAAGGAGAUCCCGGAGCUGAGGAGAUCCUGGAGCUGAGGAGAUCCCAGAGCUGAGGAGAUCCCGGAGCCGAGGAGAUCCCGGAGCUGAGGAGAUCCCGCGCCACGAUGGGGUCGUUACUGAGCCGCUCUGUGGAGAUCCAGAUCUCCAACAACACCCGGAACAUCACCCUGAGGAACCCCAGGACCUUCUUUGAGUGCGGCCGCUGCUCCAAGCCCCCCGUGCCAGAGCUGUUCCCUGGCUCCAGUGACACCUGCCACUUCGCAGGUAGCUCUCCCUUCUGGGGCGUGGCGGGGGUCCUGGCCUACGAGGCCGACUCCUUCACCUUGGCCAUCCACUUCUCCAACCCCAUGGACUACAACAAGUACUCCAUGGAGCUGGGCCUGGAGCUGUCCCCAGGUAAAGCCCACCUGGGCAAGCUGGAGACCACCUACGCCCGCAUGGCCCAUGGAACCUACUCCAGCUCCUGCCCGGACACCAAAUUCACCCGCGUCAUCCUAGACCAGAGCCACGGCACCGCGCGGCUGAGCCACGGCCCCGUCAGGGUGAUGGCCACCAUGUCCAGCGACACCAGAGCCACCCUCAAGGUGGUGCUGCAGGAAGAGAGGGGAUCGGGGGCGGAAGCCGGGCGAGAGGAACCCUGGGAUGUCAAGGGAGACACGUCCAGGAGGAGGGAGAACCUGCGGGACCUUCUUCGGGACCUCAGGGAGAGCCCUGGAAGCACCUGGACGGCCUGAGAAUCCUGCAGACAUCACCAGAACCCUGUAGAUGCCUCUGGAACCCCUUAGACACCUCUGGAACCCCUUAGACUCAUCUAGAAACCCUUAGACUCCUCUAGAAACCAUUUAGACACCUCUGGAACCCCUUAGACUCAUCUGGAACCCCACAGACACCUCUGGAACCCUACAGUUCACUGAAUUCUGCCAUUUUCUAGGCUCCCAGGAGCUCGUGUUCACACCUAGAACCCUGCAGGCACCUCUAGAAUCUUGUAGGACCCUCUAGAACCUUGUGAGCACCUCCGGAACCCCAGAGGCACCUCCAGAACCCCACAGGCACCCUCAGAACCCCACAGGCACCUCCGGAACCCCUCUCGCACCUGAGGAGCCUCCAGCAGAACCUUGCGGGCCCCGGGAGAACCUCGGGGGAGCCACCGGGACCUUCUGGACACCCCUGGAGCCUCACGGACACCCCGGGGUUUGGGGUGUCCCAGCCAGGCCCAAGUUGGGGUGCUCCACCCAGAUCUCCCUCGCUCCCUCUUUGCUCCGCUCAAUAAAAUGGGGGAUUCUC